GUCGGGCUGGGAGGUGCCCGCCCUCCUGCAGCUAAUGAGCACUGUACGACAGGUGUUUGCUCCUCAGUCCCCAGCCUGCCCGACCUGCGACGGGAGCCAACUGCCAACGCCGCCCCACAGAGGUUCCCUCGCUCAUCCCUGCACCCGCCCCGCUCCAGGCCCGGGGGCCGCGAUGGCCUGCCGCUCCUGCGUCGUUGGCUUCAGCAGCCUGAGCAGCUGUGAGGUGACUCCAGCGGGCGGCCCCCGGCCUGGGACCUCGGAAUGGGGCAGCUGCGAAGCCCCGAGGCCCGGCUUCAGCUCUCACAGCCUCACUGGCUGCUGGUCAGCUGGCACCAUCCCCAAGGUGACGGUGAACCCCAGCCUGCUGGUGCCCCUGGACUUCAAGGUGGACCCAGCCAUCCAGCAGCAGAAGAACCAAGAAAAGGAGGAGAUGAAGGUUCUCAAUGAUAAAUUUGCCUCCCUGAUUGGCAAGGUGCAGGCCCUGGAGCAGCGAAACCAGCUGCUGGAGACGCGCUGGAGCUUCCUGCAGAGCCAGGGCUCCACUGCCUUUGACCUUGGGCACCUCUACCAGAAGUACGAGGGCCGGCUGCAGGAGGAGCUGCGCACAGUGAGCCAGGAGCGGGGGCAGCUGGAGGCCAACCUGCUGCAGAUGCUGGAGAAGGUAGAGGAGUCUCGGAUCAGGUACGAAGACGAGAUCUCCAAGCGCACAGACAUGGAGUUCACCUUCGUCCAGCUGAAGAAGGACCUGGACACAGAGUGUCUUCGACGGACCGAACUGGAGACCAAGUUGAAAAGCCUGCAGAGCUUCGUGGACCUGAUGAAAACUGUCUACGAGCAGGAGCUGAAGGACCUGACAGUCCAAGUGAAGGACAUGUCAGUGACCGUGGGCAUGGACAGACGCUGCCACAUAGACCUGAGCGGCAUCGUGGAGGAGGUGAAAGCCCAGUAUGAUGCCAUCGCGGCUCGCAGCCAGGAGGAGGCUGAGGCGUACUCCCGGAGGCAGCUGGAGGAGCGGGCCGCCUGCUCAGCCGAGUUUGGGAACAGCCUCCAGAGCAGCCGCAGCGAGAUUGCUGACCUCAAUGUGCGCAUCCAGAAGCUCCGAUCCCAGAUCCUCUCCAUGAAGAGCCACUGCCUGAAACUGGAGGAGAACAUCAAGGAGGCCGAGGAGCAGGGUGAGCUGGCCUUCCAGGACGCCAAGGCCAAGCUGGCCCAGCUGGAGGAGGCCCUGCAGCAGGCCAAGAAGGACAUGGCGCGGCAGCUACGAGAGUACCAGGAGCUCAUGAACACGAAGCUGGCCCUGGACAUUGAGAUCGCCACCUACCGCAAGCUGGUGGAGGGCGAGGAGAGCAGUCCCCAGGCCCCAAUCCCAGAGGAACAUAAGCCACAGGCUCCCUUCACAUCCCUCCCUCGCCCUCCUUUCCCAGGAUGGACUUGGCUCCGGCCGCUGUGGUCAGCACUGUGCAAUCCAGACCCAGGACUGCCCCUUCCCUCCCCCACCCCUUCUGUUCCCUGUAGCUGCCUCCAAGUCCCACCUGGCCAGAGCCCCCUUCCGGAAGAAGAAGAACAGCAGAGGCCCCGUGAUCAAAAUCACCGAGAUGUCAGAGAAGCUCCUCCUGCAGGAGUCAGAGGCCUCCGAGUGAGGCAGCUGGACACCGGGAGCCCAGGUCACCCUGCAGCAGGAGAGACUGGAGCCGGACUCAAGAAAGCUCUUCAGAGCCUCUAGGUUGCAAGGGGAGGCAAACCUGAUUCUGAACUGAGAAGAGUUCAAACAAUGAGUGCUGGGACUGUCCACCAGCUUUUCAAAGUCACGCCACUCGGCAUCAGCAUCUCACAAUCCACCCUUCCAGCCUCUGGCCAGAGGCUUCCUGACGGGGUGAACGGGAAGUGGGGUCAGUUUUAUCUCCACCUCCUCGCUCCUCUGAGACUUCUACUCAGCAGAGGGCUCUGAGCAGGUCCCUUUGACCCUUUGCCCAACCCUUGCCCUGGCCUAAACUCACAUCUCAAGCCUCGCCUCGCCUCAAACUCUGUGCAAGGCUGGUGCCCUCAUUCACCCAGACCCAGCCAUGGACCAGGGACAGUGAGGAUUGCUUAUCCCCCUCCCAGUAUCCGGAGUUUGAGGGGGCUGGGUGCCCUGGCUUUCCUGCACCAGCUGGGCUCCCCAGAGGUCUGACAGUAUUAGGGAGUGAGGGAAGGAGGCUCCCUGGGCGUUUGGGGCCUGAGCCUGGACCUCUGAGAUCAGCCCAGACACCUGUGCCCUCCCUCCUCCUGCAGGAUCCUCCCAGCAGGUCACACAGAAAUGGACAGGCUGCCCAAGCAGCUCCCGGCACCUUCUCCAGAAGCUAUUCUUGCCAUGAUGAA